AUGAGUACUACGGCAACAAAAAAACCAGCUCCAAUCGUUUCAAAUAAGAUGCCAUCAAAAGCCACAAGAAGAACUUCCGAAGAUAGUGAGAAAAGGCAACGCAAAUUAUGGUGGGCACCUAAACGAAAUGAUAUUGAAAUUCGUUCGGAAAUCGAUGGCAACUAUAAGAAUGUUUCAGCAAAAGUAGGUUCCUUAUCGAAUCGUGAUUAUCGUCCUGGUGGUGGUCAAGUGGCUAUUCUCGAUCAGCCUAAACAAUGGCAAGCAUCACCAAAAAUAAAUUCAUUAGCGAAUGCUAGUUGGGCUCCUCCGGCACCACGUGUUAACGUAAAAUCAGAAAAAUUACAAUGGAAUGCUCAAUCGAAAGUUGAUUCAAUGGCUAAUAUUGAUUAUAAACCAGCCGGUGGUGAAAAUAUAGCGAUUCGCGAUGAAAAACUUGACUUUAGUCAUGUGCCACCACGUGUCGACUGUGGAUUUGUUGAAUAA